GCUUAUGACAGUCUAUUGAUAACUUUCAUGCCGAAAUUACCUUGAAUUCCUGGCAUCUAGGACAUUUUACAAAUUACAAGGUACAUUUUCUGUAAGAGUUUCCAGAGCAAAUUGUAUCUGCUAGUCAUGCUUGGGCUUGUUUUGAAUGGUUUAAGGCUUUCUCCGAUUCAAAUAAACCUUGAUUAGCAUUCGGGUAGGCCUUGAUUUGUUUAGGCCUAUUAUGCCGAUCUUUUGUUGUUAUUACGGUAACUACGGCUGUUGUCGUAUCGCAUUCAUUUCAACCCAAAAGCGUCCAUUCUCAAUCGUGAAUGAUAGCUAAAAAGCAGGCAGGUUUUUUAUAAUACGCGUAAAGUAAUUUAAAAUUCAGUUACAAUCCAAUUCAGAGAUAAGCGAAUGGACUGACUUUGUUGUUGGUCAAAACCAAGGUCGCAGACAACCAAUGACAUUUCUUGAUUUUUUUAAUUUUUCCGAGUAAAAUCCCGUGCCCGGGUGUGCGCAUGUGAGGUGAAUGUCAGAUGGUCAAAAUACACUGUUAAAGUUUCUAGAUAAUUUCCUCCAACUUUUUGCUGAUGAGAUCAGGUUUAGUUGAGAGCAGUUAUAAAGCAAGCCUGCCGCUGAUCAACAGGUUGACAAGUCAAGUUUGCCGAAAUAGACGCUUCAAACUUAACAGGUUAUCGAAUCGAACAUCCAGCUAGGAAACCGGAUGCCUAGGCAAACACGUUCUUGAUUAGAUCAGAGAGAGACUUUUAAAAACCAAAGGGCCUCGUAAUUUCAUAAACUCUACGCAUUACUUGUUGACAUUAGGCCCGUUCUCAAUGUGUGAUUUUAUUGAACCGAUACCAGACCGGAAUUUAUAUCCUUCUACUAUUCCUAAUUUAGCAAAUGUCCCAACAUGUUUCGUGAUGGUUGGAUUGCCUGCCAGAGGCAAGACUUAUAUUUCAAAGAAGUUAACAAGAUACUUGAACUGGAUUGGAGUUACAACCAAAGUUUUUAAUGUUGGUGAAUUCAGAAGGAAGUUGUAUGGAACUGUCAACUGUAAACAUGACUUUUUUGAUUCAAGAAAUGAAAGUGGACAAAAAGCACGAGACAAAUGUGCACAGUUAGCCCUUGAUGAAGUGAUCAGGUAUCUAAAAGAGGAAGGACAAGUAUCUAUAUUUGAUGCAACAAAUACAACCAGAGAAAGAAGAGAGUAUGUUUAUUCAGAGUGUAAAAAGAAUGGAAUUAAGACCUUUUUUAUUGAAUCAAUUUGUGAUGAUCCUGAAGUUGUUCAACAGAACAUUGUAGAAGUGAAAAUCAGUAGUCCAGAUUAUAAAGAUAUACCUUCUGAAGAAGCCUAUCAGGAUUUCAAUGCUCGUAUCAAGCAUUAUCAAGAUUUUUAUGUUGCAAUUAAUUUGGAAAAUGAAUGUGAACUUUCUUUUAUCAAGAUAAUUAAUGUUGGCCAGAAAUUUCUUGUAAAUCGUAUAGAAGGCUAUUUGCAAAGUAGAGCUGUGUAUUUUCUCAUGAAUAUUCAUAUCACACCAAGAGCUAUUUAUUUAACCAGACAUGGUGAGAGUUUGUUCAAUUUAAAAGGACGCAUUGGAGGUGAUGCAGAUCUUUCACCUAGGGGUAGAAAUUACAGUAAAAAAUUAGCAGAGUUCAUCUCUAAUCAAAAUAUCAAAGACUUGAGGGUUUGGACUAGUCAACUGAAGAGAACCAUACAGACAGCACAGAAUAUUGAUGCUGUGUCUCUUGAGCAAUGGAAGGCUUUGGAUGAACUGGAUGCUGGUGUCUGUGAUGGAAUGAUGUAUGAGGAAAUAGAAGAAAAGUUCCCAGAAGACUUUGCAAGACGUGACCAAGACAAGUACCAUUAUAGAUACCCAAGGGGCGAGUCGUACGAAGAUCUGGUUGCUCGUCUAGAGCCAGUCAUAAUGGAGCUGGAACGUCAGCAGAAUAUUUUGGUCAUUUGUCAUCAGGCGGUCAUGCGAUGUCUCCUUGCCUAUUUCUUGGAUCACAAUUCUGGUCAUCUGCCCUACUUAAAAGUCCCGCUGCAUUCCGUUUAUAAACUAACCCCGAUUGCAUAUGGCUGCAGGGUGGAAACUUUCGAAUUAGAUGUGCCAUCUGUGGACACCUAUCGAAAGCAGCCAGAGCUGGAGCAAAUGCAAUGAUGUGGAAAAUAGAAGAAAAGAAUAAAAUAUAAAGUAGUCAAUGUAGGACGAUCAAGAAGCGAGGCUUUAGGAACAGUUCCCGUGCACGAACCAUGAGAGCCAUGACAUAUGGACGCUGUAGAUCCAUUUUUUUAUCUCUGGACCGUGGUUUAUUUGAAUGCUUUAGAAUUUUUUUCCAAUUAUGGGAAUGGGCCUUUCCCCUUUAAACAACUGAUUGACUGUUGGUGGGGGUAUUUUAGUUAGUGUUUACAGGGGAGUCAGUCCAACGUAUUUUGAAAUGGAACAAAGGCCAUUUUGAAGUUUACUGUUGAUCGGUAAGACGAGCCAUUCGUUUAUAACACCAAUAUUAUGUGACUCCAAUAUAAUGUGACUCCAAUAUUUUGUGACUAAAAUGUUUACAAUAGAUACAGGAACAUGAGUUAUUACAAAAUAAGGAUCAGUUUAAAAAAGAGCCUACGCAGUAUGCCGAGGCGUGGUUUUAAAAGUUUGCACGGAAUUCAAAUUUUCUAGGCUUUUUGCUUGAUGAGUAACACUCUUAACGUUAUUCAAAAGCAUUUUUCGUUAGGGUCAUGUUGGUUGGUAUAUACUGAAGCAUGAUAUUGUCAAAUUUUAUAUUGUUAAAUUAUUUGACUCUUUUUAACAUAUAAUUACAUAUUAAUCAUACUUUUCCUGUAAAUACCUUAGAUGGUAAAUGCUUAAAUUUCUUUUGUGAACGAAAGCACGUAAUAUAACAGAUGUAAUUUCCCCUUAUGGCUUGAUUCUGGACAGCUACUUACCUUAAAGAGUUUUUCGUAAUUUUCAUCAAUGAUUUUGGAUUAAAAGCUAUUUAAGAUGUGUUACUCAGUAAUAACUUGUAAUUUCAGUUCUGCGUUAGAUGGCAAUAUUCAAUUGUCACAAACUCUGUCUCUCGCCUCCAUCUUCUUGUUUACAAGCAGCUGUUGUGAUGUCACUACUGGCUUUGAGACAAAUAUGAAAUAGUCUCCUAAUACAUUGCACAUUGCUAUCUUUGUUAGCUAGCUAGAUCAGUGUUUUUCAAAUGUUGUUAAUGACAAUAAUUAGUUGUAACAUAGUUGUAACAUAGUUUCAAACGUUUAAAAGGUUUGUAAUGAUUAUGUUGAUGAGAACUUAAUGAAAUACUUGUGUAGUCGAAAAUGGCAAAUUUAAUUUCCCCAAAACUAGUUGAAAUUGAAUGGAUAGUAUUUAAAUUUCUAUUGCCGGUAAUCUGCAACAAAUUCGUAUCUUGA